CAGAGGACACCCGACCUGAUCAUCAGUGCCGCCCACCAGUGCCCAGCAGUGCCACCCACCAGUGCCCAUCAAUGCCACUCACCAGUGCCCAUUAGUGCCACUCAUCAGUGGCCAGCAGUGUCGCCCAUCAGUGCUGGCCAGCAGUUGUGCCCAUUAGUGCCGCCAGUCAGUGUUGCCAGUCAGUACUACCUAUCAGUUCCCAUCAUUGCAGCCUCAUCAGUGCCCAUCAGUGCUGCCUGUCCAUGCCACCUCAUCAGUGCCCAUCAGUGCUGCCUAUCAGUGCAGCCUCAUCAAUGAAGGAAGGAAAAAAUCAUCAAUCAGUGAAGGAAAAAAAUUACCUGUUUGCAAAAGAAAAACUUUUUUUUUUUUUCCUCUUUUUUUGUUUAUAG